AUGUACAUCGUUUCCCCUGAGACGGUUCUGUGGAUCGGAAAAGAUUUUUGUUUGUGUUCCUCCUCCAGCGGAGAUUCUCUGGCCCUUACAAGAGUUCAGUGUCCUAACCACCCUGAUGCCAUCCUGGUGGAGGACUACAGAGCAGGGGACAUGAUAUGUCCUGAAUGCGGCCUCGUAGUAGCGGACCGUGUAAUUGAUGUGGGCUCAGAGUGGCGGACGUUUUCUAAUGACAAAGACCUUAAAGACCCCUCCAGAGUGGGAGACGCCGAGAACCCACUGCUCAGUGGAGGAGACCUCACCACCAUGAUCAGCAAGGGAACUGGUGCAGCUAGUUUUGAUGAGUUUGGAAAAUCAAAGUACAGGAACCGGCAAACCAUGAGCAGCUCCAACCGGGCCAUGCUCAACACCUUUAAAGAGAUCAGCACCAUGGCAGAUCGCAUCAACCUUCCAAGAAACAUCAUAGACAGAACCAACAACUUAUUCAAGCAGGUGUAUGAUCAGAGGACUCUGAGGGGACGAGCCAACGAUGCCAUUGCUUCGGCUUGUCUCUAUGUCGCCUGCAGACAAGAAGGUGUACCGAGAACUUUUAAAGAGAUCUGUGCCGUCUCUAGAAUCUCCAAGAAGGAGAUCGGUAGAUGCUUCAAGCUGAUCCUGAAGGCGCUGGAGACCAGCGUGGACCUAAUCACCACGGGAGACUUCAUGUCCCGCUUCUGCUCAAACCUCGGGCUGUCUAAGCGUGUGCAGAUGGCAGCCACCUAUAUUGCCAGGAAGGCCGUGGAGCUGGACCUGGUUCCCGGCAGGAGCCCCGUCUCUGUGGCCGCGGCAGCUAUUUACAUGGCCUCCCAGGCCUCCGCAGAGAAGAAGAACCAGAAAGAAAUCGGAGAUAUCGCCGGGGUCGCAGACGUCACAAUCAGACAGUCGUACCGACUCAUCUACCCGCAAGCUGCGGAACUUUUCCCUCCAGGCUUCAUAUUCGACACGCCCCUGGACAAGCUGCCUCAGCUGUGA